AUGCUUUUAAUACGUUUUUUCCGUAUAAUUUUGCCACUGCUGGCAUCUUUGGCUGGUCUUGUCUAUAUUAGUUUGACGAUGGCGGGUGGAUUUAGAAGACAUCCCUUUCUUGAUAAAGUUUAUCUCUUCAAGAUUGAUACAACUAAUAUUCAAGCUUAUAAAUUUCCAUCAGAACGUCCGCCCAAUGUAACACCUGCAGAACAUAUUGGUUUGAAUAAUCAUUAUUACUUUUAUAUGUGGGGACAUUGUGAUGCACGCCGACAUAUGUAUCUUAAGCGUUGUACGAAACCUAAAAUUGGAUAUCACUUUAAUCCUCUCUCUAUUUUAAGAGAAAAACUCCUUAAAGGAUCAGUGGUUAAAGUUCCAUCUAAGACGGGAUCAUUUACUGACAAAGUUAAAAUUGGUAGUAUAGUUAUGACAGGAUUAUACGCAGCAGGAUUGGUUUUUUCAGCUUUAUUAUUCCUUUCUAAAUUAAUAUUUGCUAUUUUUGAUCUUGAUGACAAAGCUCCUAGGGUUAUUGCAGGUCUUGCAAUGAUUUUUAAUUUGCUUGCCGCGACUUCAUCAACAGCAUUAAUUAUUAUAAUAAAAAGAACGAUCAAGACUGAUGCGGGUUAUUUGAACCUUAAAGUCCAUUAUGGGAAAUCAUCUUUAAUUUACUCAUGGGUUGCAGCUUAUACUGUUCUUAUUGCUUAUAUUAGUUUAUUAAUAGCGAACCGACAGCUUCAAAAGAGAAGGCAAGCAACAGAAAAGCUCUACUAA